ACCAAGUUUAAUUAAAAUCGAUCGCUUUUUUCUUACUUUUCAGGUCUAUGGAUUGGAAUGUCAACUUUGAAGUCCAGUCUUCGACGGAACCAUCGGCUAUACUGAAAAUCAAUAGGCUUAUGUACAUGUGAACAGUCAUUUUGUCCUCCAACUUUCCUCAAAUGGACCCAAAUUUCCCUGUCUUGUUUCCACUGGAUUUAAUACUUUCGCCGGAUUUACAGGAACUGUGAGACGUCUCAGUGUCUCGUGUAAUUUGCUCGAAGCAUUUUCCGAUCGAUUGAUUUAUUCUUCUAUCUAGGUAAACAAUUAGACGAGACCCGUUUCUUAUCGGAACUAAAACUUCAAACUUUACUCUCACAAAUUUUAUCAAAGACCUGUGAAAUUUGAGCACAUCUUUGAUACUUUGGGCUUAUGAGAUAAUUUCAAAGUUUUACCACCAGUAUACCAUCGAAUUAUUGCAGGUUAAUUACUAUUGCGACUUUACCAAAACUGAGAUCAUUUUAUAUUAAAUUGACAGCUAGUUUGAAAAUUUUGAGAGUGAACAUCAUUGAUAAAUGCAAGCAAUUUAAAUUCAAAAGUCCGAAAGCCAUAUUUUCUCAGUUUAAAAAAAUUUUCAAUGGAUCCGUGAGUUAUUUUGCAAGCUAAUGGAAAAGCAGAAAAUUCUUUUUUCCAAACAUUUAAUCUGAAAAACUUAUUUGACGGGAAAAAGCUGCAGUGUGAUUUUAUAAAGUUACCGAGAGUACAAAAUUAGAAUUGACUCGGAAACUUAGUCAAGUUUGAGUUACUCAACCGACCGUGUAAAUAUUGCCAAACACUCCAGUUUAAAGGUAAAUUAAACAGGAUUGUCUUUCUCAACGGAAAUCUUCAUAGAAGCAGGAAAUUGAUUCAAUUUCUACCUUAGGUGCUCGUUAGACAUGGAGAAGGAAUAUCGGCAAUCUCCCAGAACGGAGUUGGGUAGUAAUAGUAAGAAAGUAUUGAUUGAGAAGCCUUACAACAAAACUGCGGGAGGUUUAAUCAAUCCCGAAUACAUUAGUGGGAAAGAGUCAUGUGAACAUGGUAAUAACAGCCACGUUGGUAUCUCAAUAGCUGAAACUAAACAGAACGUUUCCGUGCCAAAACACAGAAAUAUUUUACCUAACAAGAACCAAAUCCUCACCGACGGAAAAGUGGAAAAUACACGUGUAACAGGCGCGAACAUUGACCGCAGUUCCCUCAAUAGCCCGGUUCAAGACAAAUCGCCCGCAGUUUUACAGAAGAGACCUAAAAGUGCCCUAGUUCUGCACCAGAAGUCAAACUCUGAUAUCGAAAAGCGAAACGAACCUGUAAAAAUUGAGUCGCCUGGGUGUAAUACGUUGUACCAACAGGUAACAAAACAACAGUUUGUGGUCACAAGGAAAAGCAAUUACACUUUGUACACAUCGCCCGAUCAGAAAGGGAAACUAAGCCGAAACUCCUUACAGCCGAACACGAACAGCAACAAUCCGAACGGGAGUUUCAGUCGAUCAGAAAGCAGCUUAACAGAAGCGAUUGUUGAUUCCUCAGCUGUGAAAAAUUUAGCCGAAAGUUCAGAGCGACUAUCAUGUGAGAAAAGCGAAUCUGAAGUUACCUUCAUUAAACAUGGGCAAAUAAUUCACUUGAGAGAAAAAUCAGAACAAAAGAAACUUGAAAAACAAUCGUCGGCUUCUGAAGUGGAAACCUUCGUCACCAAAUUGCACAGUGCCUACACGUUUGAUUCUGAGGACCAAAUUACACAAAACCAAAUUGCUUCCAGCCUGUUGGAAUCACUAAGCGAUACUUUACACCGCCAGUUAGAAACCCAACGCCAACUGCUGAGUAAAGUUACAUCUGCAGAUCGCUUUAAAACUCACUGUCCGUGUAUUAAAGAGCCAGAGACUGCACGACAUGUAACACAUAAUAAAGCUUCUCCAAGACCCGAGGAUUUAAGUUAUGAACAACCAAGUCAUAACAGCACGUGUGCAACCCAUGAUUUAAGUGGCAGUGGUACAGAAACAGACGUCAGCAGCUGUUUGGAUUUUGACGGCAUUUGUUGCGAGCAGAAACGGAAGCAGAUGGCCAAAUUGAGAAGUUCAUUUUACAAGUUAGCGUGGCCGACAGUUGUCAGCUCGGAAUCAGAACGGAAGCUCUGGAAGACCAUUUUCUCGACACUCAAUGACUCCAAGCAUAAUUUCGAUCACCAAAUCCCCACAUCUCCCACCGAGCUAGACCUCAGUUUCGAUCCCCCGAGCCACUUCGACAAAGAUGAUGAUAUCACGAACGACUUGGACUCUCUUCAAGUUUCGGGACUCAACGAACGGAAACGAAGCCGGUCAGAAUGCCAGCAGAACUGUAACAACAAUCAACAUAAUAAUAAUAACAAUAAGGUUUACUGCGCGAAUCAGUUUCCGAGCAGAUCUCGACACGAGAGCAAAUCAGUUUCGACUGUUUCCUCUUCGCUUUUGGAAGAAGAAGCCAACUCGUUCCCACCAGCUGAUGACGUCAUUUCUGAAGACGAAGAUGAAGUAAUCGUGGAUGACCCGAUAGAUUCUGCGUUGAAUGAUGGUGGAAGUAAAAAAGAAGUUGCACAUGAAGAUGAUCAACGUAAAGGAGGUCACAAUAAUUUCACAGAAGAAAGUCGUGCGGUUCUGGCGUUGAGUGAUGUCUCGGCGCUGUUAGUUUUCGACCGCAAUGAAGAACCAGUGUCUUCAUUCGACUACCAUUCACAAAAGAGCAGAAGUGUGGACAACUUAGACGGGCCGCGUCCUACCAACCUCCUAGAACAGACAACACCCUCAAAACCUUCACGCAUGAGCACUAAAAGAAGUAUGAAUGACCUUCUAGACAGCAAACGGGUGCUGUCAUCCUCGUCUCCAUAUGAGUCAUCGGCAGUGCCGCCUGUGCAUUGUUCAGUGAGAGGCGGAACUGUUGAUGCUCUCAUAGCAUAUGCAACACAGGAUGGAGUUAAUGACUGGCGUUUCUACGAGGCCUUCCUGACUACAUACCGCACCUUCGUGUCAGUAGAUGAACUAUUGAAUCGACUCCUAUUCCGAUACGCGAUGCUGCACCCCCAACAUAGCGGACCAAUUAGAGGGGGAGGCGCCUUUGGGGAGAGAGAGCGAGAGAAAAGAAUGAGAAUUUCCAAAAACUGUUUCUUUCUAUUCGUCAGAAUUUCCUGGGAACUCAAACGUGAUACGGAGCUGGACCAAGUGCUUCCUCUCAUCUCCAAGUUCUGCUCUCUACUCCAAUCUGUGGCAGAGAGUAAAGACGCAGCCCUGCUAAGUGGUCUGAUGAAGACGAGGUCCAGCGAAAUGACGAACAACUCUCCCUCUCCGAGUGAGCAGCAGGAUCUGAAUAGCAGUAGUAGUAGCUGGAACACUACUGCAUCACAAAUACCAGUGCCAAGGUCACCUCUUAUACCCCAAUCGCCAAAUCCAAACAGAGCGCGUCACUUGGUUGAUCUGAAGACCCGUGCGAUAGCCGAGCAGCUGACACUCAUGUGUUCACAGCUGUUCCAGAAAGUAGAAUUAAGCGAAGUGCUAGCCUGUGCCAAACAGUACAGAGAAGAACAGAUGCCGAAUGUAGUUGCAUUUACUAGACAUUGGAACCAGUUGUCGGGAUGGGUUGGCACUCAAGUGUUGCGAGAGACUUCGGAUAGACAGCUUAGAGAGAGAACACACCUGAAGCUCAUCAAAGUGGCUAAGCGUCUGAGCGAGAUGAACAACUUCAGUUCGUGUUUCGCAGUGCUCUGUGGUUUGAACACACACCCUGUCGCCAGAUUGGACUGGCCCAAGACAUCCUUAGAAAUGUUGUCGAAUAUGAGUGAGCUGCUGAGUCCGUUUCAUCACUUUGGGAACUACAGAGAGGCUCUCGCCACCGCACAAGGAGCGUGCAUACCACAUCUAGCCAUUGUGCUGCACGAUCUACAGCAGAUUGCAGUGAUGCCGGACCAUCUCGAAAUAGAAUCCCAACUGGAGUCGGGACUAGGUCGGGGAUCGAACCCGGGUGGGAGAAGUCGGAAAGUGAUUAACUUUUCCAAGCGCUGGCAUCAGUAUCUUUGUUUAGUCAAACUGAGAGAUAGCGGAUCUAUGCACUAUCAUCUGAAGGAAAACCGGGAUGUUGCCAAUUGCUUAAGUGGCCUAGAACUGUGUCUAGAGGAAAGCGAACUCCAUAAACUAUCCUGUUAUAUCAAGCCCAAAAGAACUUAAUUUAUUUUGAUUGUUUAAUUUAGUUUCUUGUUUUGUAAAGUAGAUAGCUUUGAAAUCAAUUAGUCUU